UGUCUAACUGUCCUCUGAUUGGCUGAAGCCAUGCAAAAAGACUGCCCACCCUAUGUGAUCAACAGGCCGGCCUACUCGCUCCCAGACUUCGAUAGGAAGUUUGACAUGAAGAAACGGACCUUCCCCAUUGGACAGAAAGUGAAGAAAUGCUUCAGGUAUAGUAUUUACAUUCUGCUAACAAUAAAAAGCCCACAAAUGUUUAUCUCUUUCAUGAGUCAAUGAAGUUUAUCUAACAAAACCUUAGUACUUUUAUUCACAUUUACAUUUUAAACCAAUAUGUUCCUGUCGAGAUUUCUGUGAUGUGGUUCUUGGGUUAGUGCUAUACCAAAGGAAGAGGAGCCAUGUUAUGAGGCCAUAGGGAGACUGUUCUAACCAGACAUGCAUGUUUAUGCACAUCAUUAGGUGCUCUGGGUCUCGACUCAAGUCCCUGCUGUUCAGACACCUGCCUAUCCUAAGCUGGCUGCCCAAGUACAAGGUGAAGGAGAACCUCCUCUGUGAUGUCAUCAGUGGGGUCAGCGCAGGUACCAUUCAGGUUCCCCAAGGUCUGUCAUUCUACUCCCUCUGGUGUUCUACCAUUCAAGUUCUGUGCCUUUAACAUUAAAGAGGGGCUGAACUUACCGAUUCCGCCUGGGCUUUUUCGGUACUCAUUGGGCUCAUUCGAGUGGAUCACUUUUGUCAAGUCGUGACCAUCGUGUGAUGUUUGAGUUCGAAAACCCCAAGCCGUUUGUAAAAAACAACUCUCGUUCCUUCAACAUAACAUUUGCGACAAUGUGUUGUAUAUAAUUGUUGUCUAAAUAAGUCUGAGGCGCUGCGUUUUAAUGGUUAGUUUGUCAGUCUGUAAAUGAAUGGGCGGGUUGUAGGUUGAUUCUGGUGAGCGAUUGGAUAGCGUGCACUGCAGCACCCCAGGCAGCUGUGCUACUGAUAAUUUGAUUACUGCCUUGCAGUGCCAGGCGUGAUUAGACUGUGCCAGGCAGUGGUCCCAUGUGGGCAGGCUUAAAAUCACAACCCAACCAUCAGGUAAGCUGUGGCAACCUCAGUUGUAUGAUGGUUCAAGACAACUCAGAACUAGGAAAUCUCUGACCUCCGACUUCAGUGCGUUCAAAACAAUUGGGAACUCUGAAGAAAACGAGCUCCGACUGGGAGAAAUCGUUUUGAACGGUCAUCCAACUUGGAAUUGCAAGUCGGAAACUCGUGCAUCAUCCCAGAGCUCCGACUUCUCCAAUCUGAAGAUCACUGACGUCAUGAUUUUCCCCAGUCUGAGCUCUUUUCUUUUUCUGAGUUCCCAGUUGUCUUGAACGCACCAACGAAUCUCAGUUUUGGACGAUAAUGACUACAUGAUCAAAAUUAUCCUAUUUGUACUGUAGUCAAUGUUGGCACUAGAAUAAAUGUUUUUGACUAAUAUUGAUGCCACAUAGGCUGUUUUCAACCAGAGAAGUUGGUUUUUGAGUUCAGCCUCUCUUUAAGAUAAAUCUCUAAACAUAAAUAUUUUCUAAUACAGUUUCAUAGUGAAUCAUUGCAUUUUUAAUAAGGUCUCAACAUUAAUAUUACAGUUAAUGAUCAGAAUUAUAUUUUCCUUGAUUAUGGUUGUUCAAUUGUUGAUGAGUGAUUUUCUAUUCUUUACAGGCAUGGCCUUUGCCCUGCUGGCUGACCUACCCCCUGUCAAUGGCCUCUACUCCUCCUUCUUCCCUCUCAUCCCCUACUUCUUCAUGGGCACUGCUCACCAAAUGGUCCCAGGUAAGUUUACCAUAAUCAAAGGCAUACAGUGGCUUGCGAAAGCAUUCAACCCCCCUUGCAUUUUUCCUAUUUUGUUGCCUUACAACCUGGAAUUAAAAUUGAUUUUUGGGGGGUUUGUAUCAUUUGAUUUACACAACAUGCCUACCACUUUGAAGAUGCAAAAUAUUUUUUUUUGUGAAACAAACAAGAAAUAAGAAAAAAAAAAAGAAAACUUGAGCGUGCAUAACUGUUCACCCCCCCAAAGUCAAUACUUUGUAGAGCCACCUUUUGCAGCAAUUACAGCUGCAAGUCUAUUGGGGGUAUAUCUCUAUAAGCUUGGCACAUCUAGCCACUGGGAUUUUUGCCCAUUCUUCAAGGCAAAACUGCUCCAGCUCCUUCAAGUUGGAUGGGUUCCACUGGUGUACAGCAAUCUUUAAGUCAUACCACAGAUGCUGCCACCACCAUGCUUCACUGUGGGGAUGGUGUUCUCGGGGAGAUGAGAGGUGUUGGGUUUGCGCCAGACAUAGCGUUUUCCUUGAUGGCCAAAAAGGUCAAUUUUAGACUAAUCUGACCAGAGUACCUUCUUCCAUAUGUUUGGGGAAUCUCCCACAUGCCAUUUGGCGAACACCAAACAAGCUCAUUGGUCUUCAUGGUGCCGCUUGAUUGGUGGUGCCUCUUGCUUAGUGGUGUUGCAGACUCUGGGGCCUUUCAGAACAGGUGUAUACAUACUGAGAUCAUGUGACAGAUCAUGUGACACUUAGAUUGCACACAGGUAGACUUUAUUUAACUAAUUAUGUGACUUCUGAAGGUAAUUGGUUGAACCAGAUCUUAUUUAGGGGCUUCAUAGCAAAGGGGGUGAAUACAUAUGCACGCACCAAUUUUCCGUUAUUUAUUUUUUUAGAGUUUUUUGAAACAAGUUAUUUUUUUAAUUUCACUUCACCAAUUUGGACUAUUUUGUGUAUGUCCAUUACAUGAAAUACAAAUACAAAUCAAUUUAAAUUACAGGUUGCAAUGCAACAGAAUAGGAAAACGCCAAGGGAGAUGAAUACUUUAACAAGGUACUGUAGGUUAUAGCAGGGGUUCCCAAACUUUGUGCUUCUUGACCCACCAAUUGAGGGGUCUGUUGAGUCGCCACCACAAUAAGGGUUGAGAUGUGAAAAAACAAACCCAGACUAAAUAAUUGAUUAUUAAAACCUCUCUGCUUCAAACAUUUAACUGAAUGUAGAUUAUAGUAUGGGCUCUGGUAAUCAGUUUGGGAACUGCUGGGUUAUAGGAUGUAAUUGUACCCAGACACGCUGAAGCUUGAAUAGUCACCAAGUGAAGUGUCCUUGGGUAGGUGGUUUUUUUAUGCAUUGGACAUAGGAUUCCUCUUCUUAAAGUGUGAUUGAGUGUUCUCUCCAUCCAGGUACCUUUGCUGUGCUCAGCAUCAUGGUGGGCAUGGAGUGCCUGAAGCUGGCCCCUGAGUCUGACUUCAGCCACUUCAAUGCCACCCUUAAUGCCACAGUGAUGGAUGAGGACAGGAUGAACGAGGUUCGACUGGGCAUCUCUGGGACGCUGGCCUGCCUCACUGCUAUCAUACAGGUACUGGAGGCCACAGAGAAGGCUAGUUUACCAUUGUACAGUAUAUGUGACAGAACGCAGAUUGUCAAGAAUCUUGCUCUGGAGGCAUAACUGACCGAUUUCGGCUAGAUGGGCCAGCUGCAAAGUCGGGUUAGGCAUUAGGGUUAGCGGUGUGGUUAAGGUUAGGGUUAAGGUUAGGGUUAGGUUUAAAAUCAGAUGUUAUGGCUUUGUGGCUGUGCCAGAUAGUGACUACUCUGCAGAGCUGCCUCCAGUACAUGAGUCAUUCCAAUAAAUGUCAACCUGCGGUUUGAACCCCGGUGAUUCUGAGUGCCACAACUGUGUCAGCAUUCUAAGCUAAGGCAUUGUCUCUGGAGGUAAUGCAAGUGUUCAGCUCUCAUACUGUACCUUAAAUGUGAAUGAAUUAACUGUUGCACAAAAUCUGUCUGAGCAGAUGGGCCUGGGCUUGAUGCAGUUUGGCUUUGUGGCCAUCUACCUGUCCGAGUCCUUCGUCAGGGGGUUCAUGACAGCAGCUGGACUGCAGAUCCUGAUCUCUGUACUAAAGUACAUAUUUGGCAUCAAUGUGCCUUCCUACAGUGGACCACUAGCCACUAUCAAUGUAAGCCUCAUUUGUUGAAAAAUGACCCUUGCUCUUCAUAUCUGCAUGCAGAACUACAGUACUAUUUGUCCCUUUUUGUCACAGACGCUUAAAGAUAUCGUUUAUGGCCUGCCUAACACCAACAUAGCCUCGCUGGUCUUUGCUCUGGUCAGCAGUGUGGUUCUUAUAACAGUGAAGGAGCUGGGUGCACGCUACCGCCCCAAGCUGCCUUUCCCAAUCCCCAUAGAGAUCAUCAUUGUGAGUAAUGGAGGACUCUAACUUGUACCUCUUAUGCUAUGUUAUGUUAUGCAAUGCCAUGUAAUGCUAUAUUAUGCUAUGCCAUGUUAUGUCAGCCUAUGCUAUACUAUGAUAUGCUGUUAUGCCAUCCUAUGCCAUGUUAUGUCAGCCUAUGCUAUACUAUGAUAUGCUGUUAUGCCAUCCUAUGCUAUGUUAUGCUAUGCCAUGUUAUAACCUGAUGAAGACAGCAUGUCUGUCGAAACGUUGGUUAUUAGGUUAUUAAAUUAUUGCAUCUGAGCUCCUAGAGUGUGCGGGUCUCCUUUUCUUUUUCAAGUGUUCUACUCCGUUAGCCAGCACCUCGCCUAAAUAGGUGGGCGUUUCUUUCGCCUCCAUAUUAAUAUGCCAUGUUAUACCGGCAUAUGUUAUGCUAUGAUGCUAUGUUAUGCUAUGCUAUGCCAUCCUAUGCUAUACUAUGAUAUGCUGUUAUGGCAUCCUAUGCUAUAUUAUGCAAUGCCAUGUUAUGCCAGCCUAUGCUAUACUAUGCUAUGCUAUGCUAUGAUAUGGUCCUCUGUAGCUCAGCUGGUAGAGCACGGCGCUUGUAACGCCAAGGUAGUGGGUUCGAUCCCCGGGACCACCCAUACACAAAAAUGUAUGCACGCAUGACUGUAAGUCGCUUUGGAUAAAAGCGUCUGCUAAAUGGCAUAUUAUUAUUAUUAUUAUUGAUAUGAUAUGCUAUUUUAUGCUAUGUUAGGUUAUGCUAUGUUAUGCUAUGCCAUGUUAUAACAUCAUAUGCUAUGCUAUGCCAUGUUAUACCAUCAUAUGCUAUGCUAUGCCAUGUUAUACCAUCAUAUGCUAUGCUAUGCAAUGUUAUGCUAUGGAGUUAUAAGACCAAUAUAAAUGGUUAAACCAGAACCUCCCUUUGCACAGGUGGUGGUGGCCACAGCCAUAUCGGGUCCCCUGGACCUGCCUGAUAAGUAUCACAUUGACAUAGUGGGGAAGAUUCCCCUAGGGUAAGGGACACAGAAUAUUACCAGAAAAGGUUACUGUUAUGGUGCGCUAUUAUGACUGUUUUACAGUCUUUCCUCACAUUGACAAGUAGGUUCUGUAAUCCCAACCUCUUCUCCUAGAUUUCCUGCUCCGAUCCUCCCAGCAGUGAGUCAGUGGGAAGGGAUGCUGAGCUCAGCCUUCUCCCUGGCUAUCAUGGGCUAUGUGAUCAACCUGGCUAUAGGCAGGACACUGGCAGCAAAGCAUGGCUACGAUGUGGAUCCCAAUCAGGUACGAAUAGGGGACAAGCAUGAGGGGAAAGGAAGAAAAUGUGAAGCAAAGUUUAUUUUUCACCACAUUAUUGUCAAAUCUGUCUUCUUUUUUUAAAGACGCACUCCAGCUAUUUUUUUUUACUUUUCCUGUUGUGCCAUGAGGAUACCUGGACCACCUAUUGAGAUAUGCCUUUUGUUAAGUAAAUCAGGUGAUAAAUGAGGUGAAAGGAGCCUGGAGUGUGUCUUUAACAUAUUCAAUGUUUUUAUGUAAUCCCAUCAAAUCCCUCUGUCUGUAGUGUACUAUAAACAAUGAUGUGUGUUUCUGUGCAGGAGAUGUUGGCUCUGGGCUGCAGUAACUUCUUGGGGUCUUUCUUCAAGAUUCAUGUGAUCUGCUGUGCUCUGUCUGUCACCCUGGCAGUAGACAAUGCUGGGGGAACAUCACAGGUCAGACACAGGGAGCAUUGAGACACUGGGAGCAUUGAAGCUGGACAAUGUAGAAACUUUGCACGGCACAAGACAACACAGUAUUCAUUGAACAUACCUCUUACCUUUAUGUUUAACAAUUCACUUAAUUAUAAUGAACUUGUUAAUUCCCUUUGUAGUUGAUUGACUGACAAUUUGUUUAUUUGUUUAUUAGGAUCCCCCUUUUGCAGAAGCAUCAGCUACUCUUCCCGGGGGCCACAAAAAACACAAAACAACAAUAACAUUCCAAGUUUCAUCAGAGCUCUGUUCAGGACACAACAGUUAGUGUGUAGUAUUGGCAUCUUGUCUCAAUAAAGACUCCAUCCUGUUCUUUCUUCUUCACAGUUUGCCAGUCUGUGUGUGAUGCUGGUGGUCAUGGUCACCAUGCUGGCCUUGGGGCAUUUCCUCAAACCACUACCAAAGGUGAGGACCUUUAUUUCAAUGCAUUCAAAAGAGAUAGAAACAUUGACGUACAGCAGAGGUUCUCAACCUUUUCUAUUCCGGGGCCCACUGAAGCACUUUCAAAUCGAGGAACUCCUGAAAGCUCUCUUAGACCUCUCAGGGGUCUUAGAACCCCUGGUUUAGAAUCAGUAACACUGAGGGUUGAAAAUCAAAAUAAGUAUUUGUUUCUUCUUACAUCAUAUAUGUUUAUGAUGUACAAAUAACAUAAAAGUAAAAAGGUACUGAGUGUUGAUCACCUUUUAUUCCUAUAGUCUGUGUUGGGAGCCCUGAUAGCUGUCAACCUGAAGAACACUCUGCUGCAACUCUCUGACCCAUAUUACCUCUGGAAGAAGAGUAAACCGGACUGUGUGAGUCAAAUCCAUUCCUCAUUGUAUGACCAGGACAUGCUUAUAACCCUCAGUUUAAGUGUCAGCUCUGAUGUCGAUACUCAAACACUAUCAAAUCUACUGCUCUAAUUAUCCUGUAUCUUUUUCAGUGUGUGUGGGUUGUGUCAUUUUUAGCCACGUUCUUCCUGAGUUUGCCUUAUGGAGUUGCCAUUGGAGUUAGCUUCUCCAUCCUCAUGGUUAUUUUUCAGACCCAGUUGUAAGUAAAACAACAUUGAUUGUGUAACAAAAGUCACUGGUAUAUUUCAUAUGCUCAUGUUUUUAAUUGUUAAGAAAUAAAUUAGAUUUAUUUUAUUUUGUUCCCCACAGUCGAAAUGGUUCAGAGAUGGCUCAGAUCAUGGACACAGAUAUUUACAAAAAUCCCAAGGUCUACAGCAAGGUAGUGUCAUCACCAUUUACUUUGGAUUUAUGUUUGUGUCUUCUUUCAUAGCAAGGUUGAAUGUAUAUAAAUAUAUCCAAUGGAAUACAUUUAUGUUUCUAUUUCUAUAGGUGAAAUGUGUAGAAGGGGUGAAAAUAAUGAACUACUGCUCCCCUCUCUAUUUUGCCAAUGCAGAGAUAUUCAGACGAAAGGUCAUCAAAAAGGUACCUUGAUGACUAUAGGAUGGCCAUGUCUCUUAACUCUGCCAUCAAUUAUGUUUAGAACCAUUUACCAUCUGGUGUGUGUUUGUGCAUAGACUGGAUUGGACCCAGGUAAACUUCUCCUGGCCAGGAAUACGUUUUUGAAGAAACAGCAGAAAGAAUUAGACAGGCAAAACAAGGAGACCAAGAAGAAGAAGCCCAGCUCUCUGGUAACCAUGAGAUCUCAGGUGAGAGGUCACAGGUCAGGGCUUUAGUGUAUUUAUUUUGGGUAAAUAUGACUAUACUGAACAAAGAUAUAAACACAACAUGUAAAGUGUUGGUCCCAUGUUUCAUGAGCUGAAAUAAAAGAUCCCAGAAAUGUUCCAUACACACACAAAGCUUAUUUCUCUCAAAUUUUGUGCAGAAAUAUGUUUACAUUCCUGUUAGUGAGCAUUUCUCCUUUGUCAAGAUAAUCCAUCCACCUGACAGGUGUGGCAUAUCAAGAAGCUGAUUAAAUGGCAUGAUCAUUACACAGUUGCACCUUGUGCUGGGGACAAUACAAGGCCACUCUAAAAUGUGCAGUUUUGUCACACAACACAAUGCCACAGAUGUCUCAAGUUUUGAGGGAGCAUGCAAUUGGCAUGCUGACUGCAGGAAUGUCCACCAGAGCUGUUGCCAGAGAAUUGAAUGUUAAUUUCUCUACCAUAAGCCGUUUUAGAGAAUUUGGCAGUACGUUCAACAGGCCUCACAACCGCAAACCACGUUUAACCACGCCAACCCAAGACCUCCACAUCCGGCUUCUUCACCUGCGGGAUCGUCUGAGACCAGCCACCCGGACAGCUGAUGAAACUGAGGAGUAUUUCUGUCUGUAAUAAAUCCCUUUUGUGGGGGAAAACUAAUUCUGAUUGGCUGGACUUGGCUCCCAAGUGGGAUAUAGCCUUCAUACAGACUUCUCACUGGGCGCACACUGGUUGAACCAACGAAGAAUAGAUGUUGAAUGGACGUCUGUGCCCAGUGGGUUCUGUGUGUUUAACACAAUUAAUUAGUGAACAGCUGUAUCCCCUCGAAUGCUUUUGCAAUUGCAUGCCGGUGGUGUUGGGACCGCUGGAGUAGCUGUGGUGAGAGAGCGCUGUAGGAAAGUGCGCCAUGGCAGAAAUGUCUCGCUUUACGGCACCGCUUCACAGGUCAGGGUAGGUCAAAGGUCAUAGGCAUCUGAUCUGACCACCAAUAGACCGUAUAACCAAGCCUUUUGGGUUUUGAAGGUGUUAUGUGAAACAUACUGUACAUUUGAGAUGAAAUUAUGUUGAAGCUAAAUACAUAUCCCAGUGUAAUUUAGUCUUUGGUUCGAUUAAGUUGACUGUUUUGUGGCUUUCUUUCCCCCAUGUCUAGACCAUAUCACAGCUAGAGCUUCAGAACGACUUUGACAUUGGCGACGACAAUCCUUACCCGCCACCAUCACCCACCAGUUAUGUGAACUUCCACUGUAGUGACAAUGAGCUGGGUGAGCAGUCUCCUGACCCAGACCAGCCCAGUUCCUCCCCUGUCACCCUGGACUCUCAGCCCACCCCCUUCCACACCCUCAUCCUGGACCUGGCAGGGGUCUGCUUCAUAGACCUCAUGGGAAUCAAAGUGCUCACCAAGGUCUUUAUUUCCUUUAUUUGGUUCCCCGUUAUGCCUUGGCCAUUUGUUAUGCUAGCAACAGUAUAUGAAUAGUGAGAUGAUGGGUGAUACUACAACAGUGUCAUCAUAUAGACCAGGCAUGCCCCCUUUUGAAGGCCAUCGUAUCAAUUCUUAUAUAUUUUUUUGUUUCAAGUUAGAAUAGUAGAAUAUUUAAACAUUUGGUUGUGCAUUAGCAGGUUUUUUUUGUUAUGUCAGUCACUGAUAGUCAGUCAAUUAGCCCAUGUCCGCAAUUCUUUUUUAGAUUGCUAAGUUAGUUUAGCAGCCAGCUAUCCAAACUUGUUAUCAUGGUCGAAUUACCGGCCGGGGGACCACCAGUGAUUUUGUUAAGCAGUCUCACUCAGAUAUCAUAUUAAAAACUGCAAACAUUUCUCUCCAUCCUAUGGCAAAAUGUGUAGAAUUGCAGGAAAUUAGUUAUAAAAUAGCAAAAUCUUCUCUCUGCCCCAUGGCAAAAUGUAUAGAAUUGCAUGAAAUUAACUAAAAAAACGUUAAACAUUUAUCUCCGCUGUCAAGGGGGGGUGCCACUAAAAUGUUUAGCUCGCAAUGUGUGUGUGUGUGGGGAGGGUUAUGGAUGAGGGUAUGCAGACCCUCGUGCAACUGCGGCCCCUCAUGAUGAGUUCAGUUUUUUUGUGGCCCCACCCCAAUCAGAGUUGCCCAUCCCUGAUAUAGACGAUAAGCAAUAAGUCUCCAAUUUUAUUUAGUUUUUUAACAAGUCUGAAAGUGCAGGAUGCAUUUGUACUUUUACAGUGAUAUGCACUGGCAUUUGUCAUAGAGUUGGUUGAGGUUUGAUGUGUGCUGUUAUGUACUUGUCAUACAGAUGUACUCGAGCUAUGAGAUGCUGGGGAUCAAGCUAUACUUGGCCAAUGUUCAAGGUAAGAUCUAGUUUUCAUGACGCAGUUACCUAUCGAACGGCCAGGUGUCUUUCAAUAGUAGUCAUGGGAACAGGAUCUCAUUUGCAGGAGCCAAAGCUGAGUCACUGUCUGCAAACUAAGGACACAUAGAAGAUGAAAGAGAAUACAGUUAACGGUUAAAAUCCCAUCUCAGCAUUAACAUAAUAGGGUCUAGAAUUGUACAUUUCCUUCUCACUUUUUCAUAUUGAGAUAAAGAGGUGAUCCAUCAAAGGGUAUAGUGCAGGUGGGCAUUCAAUUACAAAGGGUUCCCUGUUCAUAAUAUGCCAUUUAGCAGACGCUUUUAUCCAAAGCGACUUACAGUCAUGUGUGCAUACAUUUUUACGUAUGGGUGGUCCCGGGGAUCGAACCCACUACCCUGGUGUUACAAGCGCCAUGCUCUACCAAUUGAGCUACAGAGGGCCACAUCAUCUGCUGAAUCAUAUAUGCAAUGCCUUGGGCUUCCCGAUGCAAAGGAAUGUUUAAGGUCAUUUGAGUUCCAUCACGUUGGGCGAAAGAUUCAGUCCAUUAACACAAAAGCCCAUGUCUGUCCCUACAAAACAAAAUAGUAUCAUAGUGGGCAUACAAGGUCCCUGAGCUCCCUAGUUACGCUCCUUGUAUUACUUUGUUGGUUUCUGGUGUGUGUUUGCAGCACAGGUGUACGAGGAGCUGGAGGGGGGAGGGAUGUUUGAGGAGGGCAGUGUCCCCCGAGGUCACCUCUUCCUGUCUGUCCAUGACGCCAUCCUCUGUGCCCAGCAGAGGUCGAGGAACACAGAAGGCCCUGAAAAGGCAGGUCCCACCUACUCCUACACCUUAAUCACUAUGACCAUGAAUCACUUCUCAGAUCCUCAUUGA